UAUGAAGUCGUCUUCACAUGCCAACGUGACAGUCAUUCGAGUGGGCUGCUGGUCUGUAUGAGGUGUAAAUAGCAAUGGACGUAUGUAGGUAGAGUGUCAGGUAGAAUCCCUUUGCUUGGAACAAGGCGGAGUGUACAGAAUAUAUCUGUACAAUGUGAAUGAUGCACCGCACCGCAAUCUUAUGCCUCUGCCAUGGCUCAGGUCACUUACAGUUUGACAACCGAAUUGGAAACAACCGAAGCCGGAGCACCCUCGUGGCCAAAACCAACAGGGCGCCUGCUGAGGCAAACAUGUUGUGAUCGGAUCUGGACUAUUUUUUUUACUCCUAAAUGAUGAUGGAAUACACAUCAGGACAUCAGGACAUCAGGACAUCAGAACCACCAAUCGAGGAUAGCGGGAUCUAACACGAGGCAUUCGAUGGUGUGCAUCUAAAUUUCGAAAGACCUCAUCGGCCGAAUUUUAAAGUAACAACAUCAACGGAGAGCCCAAACAAAAGACCAGAUCAUUGGCAGUGUCAACCUACUCUAAAACAGACGCUGAAAUAAUUGACCACUGUAUUUUUCUAUCCUGUGAAAUGCUGUGAGUGAUGCCCGUGGGAGCCUCUGCAUCAAUCUUUGGUUUGAUAUCGAUAGUCAACCAUGGGUUUAUUCCACUCGGGGCUAUUGCGGCCUUUGUGUACUACUUGUCACAAAAGACGAAUCCGCCACAAAUCCUAGAGUCGGCAUCAUUACCAUCCAAACAAUUGAUCCAUUCGAGCAAAACUUCCAACUAUGACGUGAACACAUUUCGAAGCUUUCAAAGAAAUUUCUGCAUCGUGUAUAUUUUGGCCUUGUUCGCCGACGGUCUUCAAGGGCCCUACAUCUACAAACUCUAUGAGCACUACGGCUUCCAGGAGUUUCAAAUUGCUCAACUUUAUGUGGUGGGAUUUGCGUCAUCGCUAAUAUUUGGCACCAUUACUGGGCCAAUUGCAGAUUCCUGUGGACGCAAAAACGUAUGUCUCUUCUUUUCGGUCAUCUACAUAGUCUGUUGUCUUUCCAAGUUCAGCCACAACUUCUGGAUCCUUUGGUGGGGCCGUAUCUGUGGAGGAAUCUCGACCUCGAUUCUGUAUUCGACCUUUGAGGCUUGCUAUUACCGCGGGCAUGAUCGCUAAUAGUAUGGCUGUCGCCUUAGGUCUUGGACCUGUGGCUCCAUUUGGAGUAGCUAUUAUACCUCUGAUCAUUGGCGGAAUCGUGGUUCUCAAAACAUGGCCUGAGAAUUAUGGGCGAAAAGAUGGGAACAUUUUCGAUUUGGGCAAAGACGGUCUGGUCAUCAUUUGGAACGAUUCUGCCAUAAUGAUCUUGGGAGGGAUCCAAUCCGCCGUGGAGUCCGUAAUGUACAUUUUUGUGUACCUUUGGACUCCAGUGCUGUGCUCAACGGGCCUAAAUCAUCCACUGGGCAUCAUCUUCUCCUGCUUUAUGAUUGCCAUUAUGAUUGGUUCCAAUUUAUAUUCCUAUCUGACCAACAUUGGAUGGAAAUCGGACACCAUGCUUCAGAUCUGCUUGGUGUUGACCACAAUUAGUAUGACAGUUUGCAGCGUAAUGGGCGGUCCAAACGCCACGGAACAAGAUCUAGUUAUCGUCUAUUUGGCUUUCCUUGUGAAAGAAAUUGCGAUAGGCUUAUAUUAUCCAGCCAUGUCCCAAUGCCGCUCACAAGUUAUUCCAGAAUCGCAUCGGGCCAAUGUGAUGAACUUCUUUCGGGUUCCCUUAAAUAUAAUUACUUGUGGAACCUUGUUGCUCACGCAUGUGGAGGUAAUUGCCUUGGACAAGCGGAUCAUGUUCCAGGCCUGCGUGGGGCUCUCAAUACUAGGCCUGAUCCUUUCUUGCAAAUUUAAAGGAUCUCUUGAAAACUAUGCAAGAGAUUCGCUUAAAAAGCUGGACAGGGAUGCUUUUGCUUAACUAUUCCGUGAAACAUGUUCGACAAUUUGACAGAAACUUUUUCAUAGUUCCAAUAUAUUGGCAUCAUACUGAA